GAUACAUAGAUAUUUCAUCAUUUAAGAUAUUAUAAUACUUUGUGCCAAUUGUUUGUAUAUUAUCAUAGCAGUUGGUUGUUUAAAUUCAAAGAGGAUAUUUUAUUCUGGGAUAAUAAAGAGUGCAUAAUAAGUAAUAAUGUGGUUAUCAACGAGAAAGGAUCAUUUGGAUGAUGGAGUUCCUCCAAAUAGAGCUCCCUGUAUUUCCCUUACUAUAUUUUUUAAUACAUCAUUAAGACUCGGGUUUUUAAUACAAUUGGCUUCAUUUUUUGCACUAAAUUUUUUGUAUUAUAGCUAUGAUGGUAAAGGCGUGUUCAGUUAUGAUCUUUCUGGCCUGCCUGAGUCAAGCCGUUUGGAUCCAACUUUUAGAUUGUAUUUGACAAUAUUUUCAAUGAUGUACAUGUUAGGAUCAUUAUGUUUGAUUUGCUUUCAGGUGAUACUAGCUGAUGAUGCAGGUUGGGCUAGAGGGUAUCGCUCUGGUUCAAAGAUCCUGCGUUUAGCAGCUUUUCUUGAUACCAUAAGCUCAACCUUGCAAUUUAUUUUUUACCUCUACAUUGCGAAAUUUUACACCCAAAGAUGGUAUAUUAAUCUCAAUGAGGGCAGUAGUGAACUGGUAUUUCUCGUAUUUACAAGAAUCAUACACGCUUUUGCGUGUAUCCUAUACGGUCUAGCUUGUUAUCUCUUGGAGGUUUAUCAUGAUGAAGGUGCUGGUGAUUUACAUGCCUAUCUCAAUGGUGUCUGUUUUGUUUUAACAGGCUUUUCUGAAUUCUUGGUACUUUUGUUUAGAAUUGGAACAAUCUACACUCCAUUUUUGUUGUUUUCUCUUUCGGCAGUUACUCUUUGGUCCUUUUAUUUCGAACCCGAGGUCACAUAUAUAUCACCAUCACUGCAGGAGACUGAACUAACCAACGACGUAGAACAACAGGUCGAAAAAUUUACCAGAAUGACUCCAUCUAGCCAGGUACCAUAUUAUUAA